AUGAGUGAACCAAAGACAGAAGCAAUGCUUAGUGAAGAGGAGAGAAAGAAGGAAGAGAAGAAGAAGGCCAAGGAGGCUGAGAAGGAGGCCAAGAAAGCAAAGUUGCUUGAGAAGGAGGCAAAGAUGAAACUGCUCAAGGAGAAGGAACUUGAAAACAAGAAGAAGAAGGAGGCAAAGGAGCAGGAGGAGAAGGAGAAGGCAGAUCAAGAGGCUCGCAAGCUCAAGGAGUAUGCUGACAGAGCAUCACAGACACCAGCUGGUGAGAAGAAGGAUGUCUCUGGAGAGUUGUAUCCAUCUUAUCAUCCACCCGCUGUCGAGUCAGCUUGGUAUGAAUGGUGGCAGAAGAAUGAGUUCUUCUCACCAGACAAGCAGCAGGAGAUUCAACCUCACUGCCAGAAGGACAAGAAGUUCACAAUGGUCAUCCCUCCACCAAACGUCACUGGCUCCCUGCAUUUGGGUCACGCCCUCACCAUGUCCAUCCAGGACACCAUCACACGUUACAGACGUAUGAAGGGUGAGAUCGCCCUCUGGGUCCCAGGCACUGAUCACGCCGGUAUCGCCACACAAGUCGUCGUCGAGAAGAAGCUGGCUCGUGAGCGCAACAUCACCCGUCACGACCUCGGUCGUGAGGCCUUCAUCAACGAGGUCUGGACCUGGAAGAAUGAGUACGGCAAUCGUAUCACCAGCCAACUGCGCAGAAUGGGUUCAUCCCUUGAUUGGAAGCGUGAGGCUUUCACAAUGGACGAGACCAGGUCAAAGGCUGUCAAUCAUGCCUUCAUUACAAUGUUCAAGGAUGGUUUGAUCUUCAGAUCAACAAGAUUGGUCAACUGGUCAUGCACUUUGAAGACCGCUAUCUCUGAUAUUGAGGUCGACUUUAAGGAUCUGGAGAAGCACACCAAGCUCCCGGUCCCAGGUCACAAGGGUCUGUAUGACUUUGGUGUCCUGUUCGAGUUUGCCUACCCCGUCGAGGAUAGCAACGAGCAACUGAUCGUUGCCACCACCCGUAUCGAGACUAUGUUGGCUGAUGUCGCCGUUGCCGUCCACCCCGACGACCAGCGCUACAAGCACCUGCAUGGAAAGUUCGUCACUCAUCCAUUCCUCAACCGCAAGCUGCCAAUCAUCACCGACAGCAUCUUGGUCGACAUGGCCUUUGGCACUGGUGUCGUCAAGAUAACCCCAGCCCACGACCAGAACGAUUACGAGACUGGUCAGCGCCACAAGCUGCCCAUGAUCAACAUGUUCACCGAUGAGGGUCUGAUCAACGAGAACGGAGGCCAGUUCCAGGGCAUGAAGCGUUUCGACGCCAGAAACGCCGUCGUUGAGGCACUCAAGGAGAAGGGACUCUACAAGGGAAUGAAGGACAACAAGAUGCGUCUGGGUAUCUGCUCGCGUUCAAAGGACAUCCUCGAGCCAAUGAUCAAGCCACAGUGGUACGUCAACUGCAAGGAUAUGGCCGACAACGCCUGCAAGGCCGUCAGAGAUGGCGAGCUGAAGAUCAUCCCCAACCAGCACGAGGUCACUUGGUUCAGGUGGCUCGAGGGCAUCAAGGACUGGUGCAUCUCCAGACAGCUCUGGUGGGGCCACCGUAUCCCAGCCUACUUGGUCAAGAUCAAGGGCGUCGCCGCCGAUCCAUACUCCACCUCCCAGUGGGUCGCCGCUGAGAACAGCGAGGCUGCCAUGCUGGCCGCCAUGGAGAAGUUCAAGGCACCAAGAGAGGACAUUGAGCUCGAGCACGACCCAGACGUCUUGGACACCUGGUUCAGCUCGGGACUGUUCCCAUUCUCCACUCUGGGAUGGCCAGAGAAGACCAAGGACAUGGAGAACCACUAUCCAACCAGCCUCUUGGAGACCGGUCUGGACAUCUUGUUCUUCUGGGUUGCCAGAAUGGUCAUGAUGGGCAAGCAAUUGACUGGUCAGCUUCCAUUCAAGGAGAUCUACCUGCACGCCAUGGUCAGAGACUCACACGGCAGGAAGAUGUCCAAGUCGCUCGGUAACGUCAUCGAUCCACUUGAGGUCAUCAGCGGUAUCACCCUUGACCAGUUGGUCGAGAACCUGAAGAAGGGCAACCUGGACCCAGUCGAGCUGGACAGGGCCACCCUUGGUCUGAAGCAGGACUACCCCGAGGGUAUCACCGAGUGUGGAACCGACGCUAUGAGAUUCGCACUCUGCGCCUACACCUCGCAGGGUCGUGACAUCAAUCUGGACAUCCUCAGAGUCGUCGGAUAUCGUCACUUCUGUAACAAGGUUUGGAACGCCACCAGAUUCGCUCUGAUGAAGCUGGGCGACUACCGUCCCAGCGAGUUCAACGCCCAGGAGCUGACCAAGAACACCAACGCCGUCAACACCUGGAUCCUCAACGCCGCCACCCGCGCCUUUAAGCUGUGUGAGGAGGGAUUCAAGUCCUACGACUUUGCUCAGGCCACCACAGCCAUCUACAACUUCUGGCUGCAUGACCUGUGCGACUUCUACUUGGAGACCACCAAGCCCAUCUUCUCCGAAGAGGACGGACCCAUCAAGCAAAAGACGUGCGAGACCCUGUACACUUGCAUUGAGCUUGGUCUGCGUAUGCUCCAUCCAUUCAUGCCAUUCAUCACUGAGGAGCUGUAUCAGGCCAUCCCCAGACGUCCAAGCGACUCGAUCCCAACGAUCAUGCUUACCUCCUACCCACAGGACAUCCCUGAGUGGAACAACGCCACGAUUGAGGAGGAGCUGAAGCAGUGCCAGGACAUCAUCAGAGCCAUCCGUUCCCUGCGUACCAAGUACAACGUUGCCCCCAACAAGAAGGUCGCCACCUACAUCCACGCCAAGACCGAUGAGCUGAAGAACCUGUAUGCCGCCCACUCUGCCCUGAUCAAGGUCCUCGCCUACGCCAGCAGCGUUGAUGUUGCUCUCUCCUCGGAGGGACGUCAAGGCUGUGUCAUUGACACCUACAACGAGAACGUCUCUUUGUUGUUGGAUCUCUCCGACUCGCUCGACUUUGCCGCCGAGGUCCAGAGGAUGGAGGCCAAGAAGUCUCAGCUCGAGGCUGCCAAGGAGGCUCUGUUGAAGAAGAUCAACAUCCCAACCUAUGACAAGGUUCCACAAAAGAUCAAGGAGGACAAUGACGCCAAGCUCAAGGCACUUGAGGAGGAAAUCAAGUCUCUCUGUAAUACCAUCGACAGCUUCUCAAAGAUGGCCCUCAAGCCAUAA